CCCAGCUGCACUCAGUCAGUAACUUCUUUCAGGAGAGGAGACAAAGAAGACACGACGCAAACUCGUCAAGGAAUAUAUUUAUUAUUCAUUACAUUGCGAGGAAUACUGAAAGUGGAGUACAGGCAGAUGGGGACCGCUCAGUUCGCGGUUUUGGGAAUUGUAAUCGUCGUUUUUCAGAGCACAGGACAGGAGAGUGCUGGGCACAACAUCACGCUCAACAGUGAAGCUGGCAAUGCUGAACAAAACAAGGCCUCUGUCUUAGUGCCUGCCGAAGAGCCAACAUGUGUACCUGGAUUCAAGUCAAGCAGGUUCAUUUUCAAAGUGUCCACAAAGUUCCUGAAGCCACACACAAGACUGGGAAAAGUGGCCUUCACUGACUGCACAGACCGCACCAUAUUUGUCUUCAAAAGUGAUGACAGACAUUUCACGGUACAGGGAGACGGCAUACUGAAGGUCAGUACACAUGUGAAAGAACUUGUACAUAUUCGUGGGAACCAGGAUUUCUUCGUCCACACCUGGACCUCUCAAGGACACAACAUUAGUGUUCCUGUCAGAGUAUUGCAUCAUAGCAAUCACCAUGGAGACCACAUACACCACAACCACCAGCACCAUCACCACCACCAUACUAAAGUGGACCCUGCUAAUAAGACUCAGAGUGUCGCCGAUCAGCCGGUGCCCAUUCUGCAUUUCCGCAAAGCUAGUGCAGGGCUGAGGAGGAGGAAGAGAGACUGGGUCAUUCCUGUCAUCAGUGUUUCUGAGAACGUCAGAGGACCCUUCCCACUGAAAGUCUCUCAGAUCCGAUCCAAUGAGGACAAGGUAAAGAAGAUCUUCUACAGCAUCACUGGUCCAGGAGCUGAUCAGGAUCCUGUUGGCCUGUUCGUCAUGGACAGAGACUCUGGCAGUCUGUACCUCACACAACCACUGGAUAGAGAGCAGAUAGAUGUAUACAAGUUCCUAGCACACGCGGUGGCAGAUGGUGCAGGAAUGGGCGAGGAACCAAUGGAAAUUAAUGUGAAAGUGAUUGACCAGAACGACAACAAACCUGUUUUCUCCCAAGACACCUACCUGGGGGAAGUGGCUGAGGCCUCGGCAAAAGGUUUUGAGGUGAUCAAGGUUGUUGCCACCGAUGCUGAUAAGCCACUUACUGACAACUCGGAUAUCCUCUACAGAAUUAUAGACCAGGAGCCAAAAUUGCCCGCAGACAACCUGUUUGAAAUCAACCAAAAUAAUGGAGUCAUCAGAGUCAAUGCCGGUGGGCUAGACAGAGAGAAAUACCCAAAGUACACUCUGGUUGUACAAGCCGCUGACAUGAAGGGAGGAGGCUUGGAAGGAGAAACCAAAGUAAUCCUUACUGUGACAGACAGCAACGACAACGCUCCGGUCUUCACUCAGCCAUUGUAUGAGGCAUCAGUAGCUGAAAAUAAAGCGGACACUCUGGUCGUCACCAUGUCAGUAACCGACGGAGACGAGCCACAUUCCCCAGCCUGGAACGCCAAGUUCACCAUCGUGGAUGGUGAUCCCGGAGGACUUUUCACAGUGAAAACAGGAACCAACAAGCUCGAAGGAAUCAUCUCUACUGUCAAGGGUCUCGACUUUGAGACGAGCGGCACGCACACUCUGAUGGUUGCCGUGGAGAAUGAGGUUCCUUUUGCUACUUCUCUGCCCACUGCCACGGCCACAGUGGUGGUGACUGUGGAGGAUGUCAAUGAAGCUCCAAUCUUUGAUCCAAUGGAGAAGCAUGUGACUUAACGGGAAGACCUUGAGGUUGACGCUGAUGUGGUGCAGUACACCGCCUCUGACCCAGACUAUGCCCGAAAACAGAAAGUCAUGGAAGAACAAAAUCUCAUGUACCGUGUUGUAACAUUUCCUGUUGUUCUUAAACAAGCUCUAGGUGGUCCCUUCAACUCUCACCUCAGAAAGGCAACAGAGGGAAUGUAUUCAUCACUAACAGUCUGAGCCUGCUGAUAGUGACUGUACUUCUUGAUCAGACAAGCAACCAUGCAGAUGGUGGCGCAAAAGCUCUCAGGACAAUUAUGGGAAUUGAUAAUCUAAUGUUAUGUGUAAGAGAAUAUUUUAAUCUGAUCUGUUUAUAGAGUUUCUUAUGGUUUCUUAGAAUCUGUGAUACUGCAAACAUCUGCUUGUGGUGUUUAGUAAAAACUCCUCUGUAAGUUGAGGUCACAGGUCAAACGCUUCUCCCAUAUUCUGUGGGGGAAGGGUUUCAGACCUGCCUGCAUCUCCUUGAGACAAGUAGAUUAUUGUCUCACAUCUGCUAUUGAUUAGGUAAACGCGGACUUCUGUGAGCCCGCCUCUCCUCGUGUUGCUGCGUUCUGUGGGUCUUUUCGGCAGAGAUGAUUUUGGUGGACCUCAGGACGAUGGGAAACUAAGUGAUCUCCCGGCCGUAUGUGUAUGUACUGUGUUCAAUAAACUCUCAGUGCUUUGGCUAA